AUGAGGAGUGGAAGGAACAGAGGCGAUUACUCACGCCGGCGUGAAGAUAUAGCGAGAGGGAAGAGACCCGUCGUAUCUGACGACGACUUCGUGGAGGAAUUGACCAUGCAGGAUGCUCCUUUUCCUGAGACCCUGCGAGAUGACGAGCCCGAUGAUACACUGACGGGGAUAGAGAUGCUGCGUCUCCACAGCCUCCUCGACAUGAGGUUUGGCGGGACGCGGUAUGCAGACAGAGACACGAUGCAGACGCUCCGCAUCACCGAGGACGUCGAUGAGAUGUUCACCAACGUAGGGAUCAAUCGACUUAUGUACCAGCAGCACGAGUCUUAUCGGAAGGCGACUUGCCUCUUACUCGCCGCAUUCACAGACGAUCCUUGCGACGCCGGCAAGUCUACACCUGACGGCAGCGACGGAUACAUUAGCUUUUGGGCUACGGGACGGAGGCACUACCUCUCAUACCGUGAGAUCGACCGAUCUCUCUCUCUACCGCCGGGCAACAGCCACCGUCUCGACGUCGACCGCGACGAGAUGACCGCACUCUGGGGACGAUCGCGUUUGGGGAUUACUUCUCCUUAA